UGAUAAUGCAAUUCUUGUGUAAUGACGCACAUGGUGCGUCAUCAACUGCAUCGAACAGUGCAGUCGACUUUCAACAUGUCGCUCUAAUCGAUUGACUGGACGGUGAUUACCAGUUUUCGAAUGUUAGUUCUCUUUUACCCGUUCGAGAAGGUCGUCGAGGGUUUUACAAAACGCCCCACCAUUAUAAUUUUUCAUUUAAGUAUGCUGCAGGCGUGUCGAGCCGGGUUAGUCCGCGCCGCGACUACUGAAAUGAUGUACGACUCGAACGAGAUAUCAUACCGAUUAUUUUUCUCCUCUUAAGUUCAUCCGAGUUCAUUAAACACGAACGUAGUAUCCGGUAAAGAAUAGGUCGUAAGAAUGAUAUACUAAAUAUAGUAGAGGAGAACGUUUGAAAUUGGAAUCGUGAUUGGAUUCUGUAAAUUCGAGAUAAUGAUUGUGAAAUUUUGGUAGAAAGAAAAUAAUAGAAUUACUAAAAAUUAUUGAUAAUGGAAACAUUCUGUCGGGAUAACACUAACGACGGAAAAGGAAAAGAAAAUUAAUGAAAGACUUGCAUGCUUUUGCCAACGAUAACGAAACACGCGUCGUUGAUAAGACGGAUAAAGAGGAUAAGAACGAACAGUACCAUAGUCCUCUUUAAUCUUAACAAAAUGUUCAACAAUAACAGUGUUAAUGCCUACCGAAAUUCAAUGACAUAAGUGCGAUUCGUCAUUGUUAUUUUCAAGCGCAAAGUUUAAGAACUUGCAGGGAGAUACGACGAAAUUGAAGAGGAAUAAUCAUCUAAAUAUUGUUAAUUAAUCGAUCAUGGAGCUUUUAUUAUGCGCUUUACCAUUAGUGUACACGAAAAUCAUGGUUCAUCGUUGGGACACGGUGAUACUGAUCGUUCAAAAGAUUCUCAAGUUCCUGUUGUUUUUGCUAUACUGUCUGGUUACACCGUUUCUGAUGUUGCAAUGUCUGAAGAAACGGAAACGAUUACCACCGAUCAACAGUCACGUUCUAUUGCUCUCAGCCACGGAGAUUGCGAGAAGGAUUCGGAAUAGAAAGAUUAGCAGCGAAGAAGUGGUCAGAGCUUGCGUAGAGAGAUGCAAAGACGUGAAUCCGAUUCUAAACGCGAUCGUGGAUUCGCGAUUCGAUGAAGCGAUUCAAGAAGCAAGAAAAGUCGAUGAAUUUUUAUUGUGGAGCAGAAAAAGUGAAGAGGAACUGGCUCGAGAAAUGCCACUUCUCGGUGUUCCCAUGACCGUCAAAGAGAGCAUCGCGGUGCAAGGGAUGUCAUACUCGGUUGGAGUGAAAAAGAAGAUCCCAGACAAAGCGAGCCAGGAUGCGACUGUGGUGAAAAUGGUACGCGAAGCAGGUGCCAUUAUUCUUCUCGUUAGCAAUACACCUGAACUGUGCCUUUUCUGGGAGAGCAACAACAAAGUGACCGGUCCGACUUGGAACCCUUACGAUACUACUAAAGUAGCUGGUGGUUCUUCCGGUGGUGAGGCUGCACUUUUAGGCUCUGGUGCGUCAAUUCUGAGCCUAUCGUCGGACAUCGCAGGCUCGGCAAGACUUCCGGCUAUGUUUUGUGGAAUUUUUGGGCACAAACCAACAGCUUGCUUGGUGUCUUGCAAGGGUCAUAAGCCAGAUUCGAACGACAGAAACUGGCCGUACUACUUUACCAUCGGAACGAUGGUUAGAUACGCGGAGGAUCUUUCUCUUAUGAUGAAAAUCAUAUCUCAAUCGGAAGAAGCACGAAACCGUUUUGAUCAGAAGGUAUCGCUAGAAGACAUGAAGUUCUUUUAUUUGGAAGACUGCUGUGGAAUAACGAAUUCCAUAGACAGAGAAAUGAAAGGAGCGAUUCAGAAGCUAAGGAAGCAUCUUGAGACGACGUAUGGGCUUACAGUGCAGAAGGCACAGUUGAACGAUAUGAAAUUCGCGUUUGAUAUAGCAACGCACCUCUUACUGGAAAUGGAGGUGGACGGCAUAACGGAGGAAGUUAAAGCUGUGGGUUCGAGCAAGAUUCUACUCGAAUUAUUGAAAUGCUUUUUCUUUGCAUCGUCCCACUCGUUACCACCGAUCUCUUAUGGAUUGUUAAAAUGGUUGAGUAGUAAAUUUCCAAAUAGUUAUCGCAGUAAAAUGGUCGAUAAGAAAAUGGCACUGAAGAAACAAUUUGAGGAUCUCCUAGGCGACAAUGGGGUUUUGAUUUAUCCUACAUACGUCACCCCAGCUCACUAUCAUCAUCAAUCAUACCCUAAGGUCGCUAAUUUCACUUACAUGAUGAUUUAUAAUGUAUUGGGACUACCCGUGACUCAGUGUCCAAUGGGAUUAAACAGUAAAGGUUUACCUAUUGGUCUUCAAAUUGUCGCCAAUGCAGGUAACGACCACUUAACGAUUGCCGUGGCUCAAAGAAUUGAGAAAGCCUUUGGCGGAUGGCAACAACCACCCACUACCGAACUAUCAAUUUAACCCUUCCUUAAUCAUAAAACAAGACUUCCAGUAACAUUUUCACGUGACCUGACAAUAUUUCGUAUCAUUCGCAACAUAGUGAACCCAGUCAUGAACAUUUUUAUAUAGUACCUAUCAUGUACUCAUUUUCAUUUCUUUUAGUAACAACUUGUUGUUUUUCUUUUUAAUUAUAUGUAUAUCUUGAUUUUCUAUUUAUUAUAGCACAUAGACAUUUCGUUCUAUGAUAUAUUAUAGUCUUGUACUUAAUGUAUUGUCGAUCUUAAGUGACGCACGUGGUGUGCCAUUAAUUGGUUAAAGUAAGAUCCACAGUGUGCGUCAUCGGUUUAUAAGCGUAGUAUGCACAAAUUAUGGUAAGUACUUGUUUUUUUACUGUAAAGUGCUCAAUGAGCAUUCGCAGAAUUAUAUAAAGUAACGAGGAUUAAAUAAUCAUAUUUAGUGUUAGACAAUAUGAAAUAUUGAUACACUUUGAAGUUGAUGAAAUAAUGUAUUAUAAAAAUUCUAAGAGCGCUUCAGAAAGACAAUAGUGUAAAUUAAACUUAAAAUCAACGAAAUUGUUUUUUUAUAAUAUUGUUUGUUUUUCUUUGUACAUAAUAAUGGUAUCGUCCUUUAUAAAAGC